AUGGUCAAAACCAUCGUCGGCCUGAUGGGCACCUCCGUCGCCUCAGGGAGCACCAAGAUGUCCACCUCCGCCCACCUGAUUAGCAUUCUCAACCUCUUCAAGUCGCACAACAUCCACGAACUGGACACCGCACGCGUCUAUGCUGCGGGGAAAUCCGAGGCUCUCCUUGGCGAAUGUGCACCUCUGUCCCACAGCUUCGCCAUCUCCACCAAGGCUCCUGGAUUUUCUCCUGGAAGCUUGGCUGCGGACAAGAUCGAGAGCAAUUGCAACGCCUCGCUCGCAGCGCUGAAGUUGCAGAAGAUGGAUAUCUUCUACUUCCAUGGGCCAGAUCGGCAGACGCCGUUGGAGGAGCAGUGUCGGGCGGCGGAUAAGCUGUAUCGGGAGGGUAAGUUCAAGAGAUUCGGGGUAUGUAAUCUGAGGGCAGAUGAGGUGGUGAAGAUUCACCAGAUCUGCUCAGAUAAAGGGUACGUCUUGCCGAGUGUUUAUCAAGGCGGUUUCAACCCACUCCAGCGGCGAGCGGAGUUUGAGCUGCUGCCCUUGCUACGCAAGUUGGAGAUGAAUUAUUAUGCUUUCUCUCCACUGGGUGGGGGCUACUUCUCGAAACCUGUGGACGAGUUGAGAGAUCCACCCAAGGGGACAAGGAUGGAUGAGAUGACGGUUUUCAAGAAUAUUUAUAUCAAUGAAACGUCUUUGGAACUACUAGGUAAGUUGACGAAGGUGUGCGAGAGGCACGGGAUUAAGGUUAAAGAAGCAACGUUGAGGUGGUAUAUGCAUCACGGUCCACUGGGGGAUGAGGACGGGGUCAUAUUAGGUGCCAGCAAUGUUGAACAGAUGGAGGAGAAUCUGAAUGCUUGCGAGAAUGGACCAUUACCAGAGGAGGUCGUGGAGAGCUUCGAGGAUAUGUGGAAGGGAUAUAAGGAGAAGGCCGGCCCAUACUGUGUUUGA